CAUCAGAUGACGUUUGUUUGCAGUCCCCCCCUAUAUCAACCUGUCCAGAUGUGAGCUCUGAGUUACAGACAACUCACUUGCAGAGAAGAUUGUCACAUCUUGGAUCUGUACAUCCAACACAGCAGCAGGUAAUCACUCUUGUCACUGCAGCAGCCUUUGCAGCAUCUCUAUUUUAAAAAGAUUUAGACAUGAAUGCAAAAUACGCCUUGGCGCUGAUCCUCGCUCUGCAGGUCUCUGUGAGCCUGUGUGAAAUUCCCGCACCAUCGCAGGAGCUUGUUCAGAAGUACGAUGAAUUGAAAGCUACGUUUUACAAGAGGCUGCUGAAUCUCUGCAACAAGCUGCAGGACGCUGCUGCUCCUAUGGUGGAGAAUGUCGGAGACGGUGAGCAGGGACAGGCUGUUAAGGAUUGCAUUGAGGAACUGCUGGCUAAGCCUGAGCUCCAAGCCUUCGUCAAGGUUCUCACUGGCCUGGGCCAGGAGGCAGGUCCUCUGGUGGACAAGGCCCGUACUUCAGUGCUGGGUGCGUACGAAUAUUACCUGCGUCCCUACAUCGGCACCAGCCUGAACGACAGCAUUGAUACCGCCAAGGUCUACCUGGACCAACUCCUGCCUGCUGAGUAAAGAAGACCGACUGGAGGAAGCCAUCUGUCAGCAGCCUGUAGUAGAUGAUAGAUAUAGAUCAUAGAAACAAACACCAGUUUAGGCUGAGAAGAGCAGUGCACAAUGCAAAAACCAUCCUUUGCCUCUUUUCAAAUCAAUAUCUUUGCCAAAACAUGCAACUUUAAAAGCAGGGCAAACAACACCUAUGCAGUUUGUGCAUGUACAGUAUUUUGUGUUUGACACACUAACCAAAGUCUCUGUGUGAUUGUGUAUGUAUACGGUUGAAUGUGUUCAUUAAAAACGAACUGGAAACUA